CAUAAAUGUACUGAACAUGCAUGGCGUCAAUUAUAGUUGAUGACAGAAGUACUAUCGAGGGUAACAGGAAAAUUCAAUACUUUGACCGUUAAAACCAUACAAUAAUGAAAAUAAAUGAUACCCAUGGUCACUGGACAUUGGAGCUGACGAUGGAAUCAUUAGAUAUACCGCCUGGCUACAUUUACCCUGCUUUUGUUUUUGGGACCCUUACAUAUGUAAUUAUUCUGUUUUGUAAUAUACUAGUGUUUACAACAAUUGUCUUCACAAAGAGUUUGCAUUCACCUAUGUUCAUCUUGCUGUUAAACCUGCCUGUACUGGACGUAAUGGGAGCCACUGCUUUUCUCCCUCAGCUGUUACACAGUAUAUUGACAAACGACCGCUCUGUUUCCUACCCUGGGUGUUUUCUUCAGGCUCUGUUGAUUCACAUCUCUGGUGGAGGGGACUUCUUAUUCUUAACUGCGAUGGCUUAUGACAGAUAUAUUGCUAUAUGCUUGCCUCUUAGGUACCACUCUCUCUUGACGUUCAAUGUUUUGAUAAGAAUCAUCGUAGGCGUUUGGUUAUCUAUCAUCAUUAUUAUGGGAGUGCUGUUGUGUACUACUACACAGUUCAAAUUAUGUAUGAAUAAUAUAGUUGAUAUAUUCUGCAACAAUCCCUCUUUAGUGAAACUAGCCUGUGAAGACACCAGCGUCAAUAGAAACUAUGGCGUAUUCACUAUCAUAUUAGUCCAAGCUGCACCAGCCGUCAUUGUAACAUACACAUACAUCCAGAUAUUGUUGACUUGUAUGAAGAAUAAGCAGUCAGAUAGGAUAGGGAAAGCUCUCCAAACAUGUGGAACACAUCUGGUGGUUUUUAUAUUCUUACAAUUCAUUGUUAUGCUCACUUUGAUGGCUCACAGAUUUAAGAGUGUGUCCCCAAACCUGAGAAGGGCCCUGGGUAUAGCAUUUAUGGUAUUUCCCCCAGUACUAAAUCCACUUAUAUAUGGGCUCAACACAAAAGAACUGCGGAAAAACAUGAUUCAAAUGGUUAAAAGAUUAAUUUUAAAGAGCCAGUUAACCCACUGAUUCAGAUGGAAUUUGAAACUAUGUGAUUCUAAAAAUGCCUUUUGGCCUGAGAAUUACUUUAUGAAACUCGCCAACUUCAUGAUUUUUUACCGAGUAUAACAUUUUUAUUUUGUUUUGUUUUAGGGAGAAUGACGAAAACAUAGAAUUUUUCCCAUUUUCUCUGAAUUGGGGACUUAUUUCAAUAACAGUGAUAAAAAGGCAUAGAUUGACGAUCAUAUGAGACAAAUUGCAUAUAAAACAAAAAUAAAUGGUCUGUGUUCACUUUGUUUUAUGUUUGACUUAAAAAUAACCAACUAAACCAGAUACAAUUCUAUUGCCCCUUUUUUAUUUUGUUGAAAUAUAUCAAGAGAUUAUACAUCAAAGGUGACUUAUGUUCUAAAUGUUUCUGGAAAUAGUUUCACAAUGCAAAGCCUCAUUGGGAACAUAAUAUUUUAUUUUUAGAGGUGUUCAAUAACUUAUUGAUUCGUAUUCAUGGUCCCUUUAAUUUGACUAACUAGGAUGAAAAGGUAGAAGUACAGACAAAUAUAUUUUCUGGUAUGGUUUAUUUGCAUGAUCCAUUCUAGACACAUACACAUACAAUUUGUCUAAUUAAUUAUAAUAUAAAUGUACAUGUGAAUAGAUAGCAUGAACACAUUUUAUUUAACUUUGAUGACUUUGAUUUGAUUCAUGACUGUUAUUAGUUCCUUGCAUGUUUACAAUUCGAUUUAAAGAGAUAAUUAACUUAAAGCUCAGUUUAAAAACAAAUUAUAUGUUUAGUGUUUGUUAUAA